GGAGCAAAACGCUUCAAAAGUUUUAUUUUAUUCAAAAAGUGCUUUCCGGGAGUAGUUGGUUGCAUCGACGGAACUCAUGUUCGCAUAAUUUCACCAAGAAAAGAAGUGCAACAUCUUUAUCUUAACAGAAAGGGCUACUACAGUUUAAACGUGAUGAUUCUUUGUGAUUAUAAAAUGUCUAUUCGGUAUGUGGAUGCUAGGCAUGCAGGCGCAAAUCAUGACUCUUUUGUUUUCAAUGUUAGCGAUUUGAAAGUGCAUUUACAGAACAACAUACAGAAUAACACUUGGAUCUUGGGCGACGCUGGCUAUCCUCUGCACAAAUUUUUAAUGACGCCUUAUCGCUUGGCGGAAGCUUCUUCACCCCAAGCACGCUACAAUACAGUACACUCAAAGGCCCGGAAUAUUGUAGAGCGGACAAUUGGUGUACUCAAGAGUAGAUUUCGAUAUCUUUUAUCUGUACGAGGUUUACAUUACAUUCCCGAAAAGGCUAGACAAAUUGUUAAUGCUUGUUGCGCAUUGCACAAUAUUUGCCAACACUUUCAAGUGGAAUCUCCGGAAGAAAUACCAUCUACUUCACAUACUACAAUGACCAAUGAUAUUUUGGACAUAGAAAGAGAAGAAGAAGAUACGGCUCGAAUAAUUUGCAAUAAUAUUAUGACUUCCCUCUAAACAAUUAAAAUAUUAAAUUUUAUUUAUUAUUUCUAAUGUGCUAUUUAUUCAGGCAUAUAUUUAAAUUUUAUUUAAAUAAAUUCAUUAAAUAACAA